CUAAUACUACUACUACUACUACUACUGAGCAUCAAAUCCCAUCAAUUCUGAAAAACUACUAAAUUUUUAAGGAAGAUGCAUGAUUGUUUAAUAAGCACAUAGGUGCCAGACUAUGCCUCACUGCUUGUGAAGAAACUUGGCAAGAUCACCUAAUCCCACAAGAUAAUGAAACCCAGGGAUUUGAACCUAGUACCACAACUCGCUAGCCUACACCCAUCCAAGCGCUAAAUGUCAAGUGUUACUAGGUAGGUACUUAGGGGAGUCCAUUGGAUAUGUAGCCCCCUCAGCCAGAUCAGGGCACAGCGCCCCGAGUCAGAUUAGGAACAAAAGUUCGGGUCAGGUGAGGAUACAACGUUCUAGGAAAGGUGACUGGGCUCCACCCACUUUCUGGGAAGAAGAGGAAAAACUUCAUGAAAAAAAAGAGUUCAAUUUACUUCCCCAAAAUGUCCAUGUGAGAGGAGGACAGUGGGCUCUACUGACAAUUACUGGGUAGUUACAAGCUGAUACAGCGUUGUACGUGGUGACAUAGAUGGUGAGUCAUCCACAAACAGUGAAGCCCUAACUGGAGCAGAAACAGAUUUCACAAUAUCAUCAAUAGCAAUGGCAAAGCUAGUAACACUCGAUAUGCUGCCAGUGGGAAACCUUCUUCCAUCUCAUAACAAGGAGAAAACUUAUUCCCAACUGUUGCUGUAAUAAAUGUCACUUAAAAAUGAGUUGAUAAAAGUUUAACAUAUUGUCCCAGUUCCAAUUUCAUUGAGCCGUUUAACAAUACCAAAUUGCCAUGUCAAAUCAUAGGCCUUCUCCAGAUCAAAAAAUACUCCUAUUGUCUGAGAUUGAUUGGAAAAUCCCUGUUGCAUCUGAUUUGAUAAUCUCAGUAAAGGGUCCAAUGCAGAACAAUUCUUCCUGAAACCAAACUGAACAGGAGAUAACAAUCUGUUUUUCUCCAAAUGCCACAUUAGACGAGAGUUCACCAUUUUCUCAAACAAUUUACAGACACAGCUCAUUAGUGAAAUUGGCCUGUAAUUAGUGAGCUGAUAUGAAUCUUUGUUUGGCUAUAUGACUGGAACUACUAUGGCUAUCUUCCAAGAUGGGGGAAUGAUGCCUGUUUCCCAGACCUUAUUAUUUUCAUGAGAUAUGUUUUGGUAUGUUCCAGAUGAUGUUUAAUCAUCAAGACAAAUGGAAAAAUCGGCCCAGAAUUUGCAUCAAGAGAGUACUUGCCAGGCACAGUUUACUCCAGGCAAGUUUAAUCCUCUUUCAGAUGAGAUUGUGCAAUAUAUAUUAACUUCAUCCGGUGUACUACCAUUAAAGGAGAGCCACGAUGCUGCAACCAAGAAAACUGAAGAAUCAUUUAGUGAUUUCCUGAAGUAUUUUGCUGUUUUAUCCAUGCCCCCAAAAUAUACUACAGUGCGAGUAAAUUUGCGCAAAUUGCCUUUGGGAGAUGCACUAGCAGAUAUUGAAUGCUAUGUAAAUGGAAAAUGCAAGACAAAUCAUAAGUCUUCAGUGUAUCCACAUCCAGUGAUUCCAGAUGUUAUUAUAAUUGAAUCGAACGGCAUAAGAAAUGUUACUCCUGAGACUAAAGAGGUUAUUGUCGGACGAAAAUGUGGCUCAGCAGUGCUUCGUGGGGCGAAUGUGUUUGCCCCGGGUGUUAUGGGAGCCACACCUGGUCUUAAGACAGGAGAAAAGGUCGCAGUUUAUUCAGAUUUAGAUGAUAAAUGCUUGAGAGGCAGUAAAGCUUACAAAGGGCACAAAAUGUUUCUGGGAAAUGGUAUAGCUGAAAAAGGGAGAUUGGAACUAUUUCGUGAUCCAAAGCCUAAUGGCCUGGCUGUAGUGAUGGACGAAAAGGUUUUUGAUUGUCCUAGUUUUGGCGAUUUUCGAAGUGAUGUUUUUUAUUUACAAAAUUUGCCUUCUGUUUUGUGUAGUUAUGUGCUGGGACCAGAGCUAAAUGGAGUUGUACUAGAUAUGUGUGCAGCACCAGGUGGAAAAACUACUCACUUAGCUGCAAUGGUUGGUAAUCAUGGAAAAGUAAUAGCUAUUGAUAGGUCAAAAAGGAAAGUUGAACAGAUAGAAGAAAGUGCAAAGAAACUAGGCCUAGGAAAUAUUCAUGCUUUUGUGUAUGAUAGCUGUAGUUUAGUAAAAGAAAAUGUUGAGUCCGAGAGUGAAAAGCUAAAGGCAAAUGACGAAAGACAUGAACCUGUCAGCAGUAGAAAUAAACUCGUCUUGUCUCCACCAUAUGCUCCUUCGUCUUUCAAAUGGAUAUUGUUAGAUGCUCCGUGCAGUGCACUUGGUCAGAGACCACAAAUGCAGACAAAGUGUUCCCUCAAGGAACUGAAAUCCUUUCCGGUUGUUCAACAACAGCUCUUGGCAAAUGCAGUCAAGCUGCUGAAAUCGGGAGGAGCUCUUGUGUACAGUACAUGCACUAUUGUCCCUGAAGAAAAUGAAAAGAUGGUGAGAUGGGUAUUAGAUCAUUUUAAGGACGUAGAGUUAAUAGACAGUCAACCAAAGAUUGGGCAGCCAGGGUUACGAAACUGUGGGUUGGACAGUUACCAAUGCAGAAAAGUGCAGAGGUUUGGUUUUGUAGAUAAUGAAGGGGACGUUCCACACUCGUAUCCUACUGACUAUGACAGAGAUACAAUUGGAUUUUUUAUUGCUUCAUUUAGAAAGUUAUAAUGGUAUAUUUAAUUUACCGUAAUAACUAUGUCCUCUAAGUAACUUUAAUGAGAAACGACUGUUGAUUUGAUAUUUUCAUAAAUAAAAUCAUAUCUGACU